AUGGUUCGACCAACGCUCCCUACUCCAAACCAAAAUGGUUUUGCUCCAAACCAAAUCAACCCAAAUAUGAGGACGCACGAGUCCCAGAUGGUUCGACCAACGCUCCCUACUCCAAACCACAACAACCAUGCGGGUCUGUCUUCUCUACCAUCAGGUCUUGCUUCGUUCUAUCAUGGCCCACCAGCCUCUUCAUCGUCCUCGAGAUUCAACCAGUCACGUGUGGUGCCUUAUCAUCAGAUGAGAAGCAACAUGGUUUCUCCCGCCGGAUUUACUUACCGACAGCCUCAGUUCUCCGGUUACGUCAACUCUCAGUUUCCUCCAGCUGUUUUGACCACUCAAGCUGUCCCGAACAGGCUUCAUGUUAGUGCUUCUACCAAUAUGGUCACAAAUCAAAAUGUCCGUGAACGUGGCGAUCGAGUCGUGAAUUCUAUUCUGCAUCAACUCAUUCCUCCUCAAGCUCUUGAUCACGCUGCUUUGCUACCAGAAGAGAUAGAAGAGCCCUUUCAUCAAUAUUCAGACCCUUUUUCCAUGUCGCCAACAAACAGUCAGGACCAUGUUUCUCAAGAUGGUCGGCCCAAGAAGAAAAUCCGUACAGAAGCGGAGUUCUUUGAAGCAAUCAAUGAUUUCUUUGACAACCAGGAAGCGGAAAGAAGUGAGGAGGAUGAAAACGGGGAUUGGCACACAUGUCCCAAGUGCGAGUGUAUUUUUGAUACAUCGCAAAUUUUGGGGGCACAUACAAGGUUGGUCCAUGGCAGAGAGGAGAGUAACGAAGAAAGAAAAAAACGACUCUCUGGGAAAGGUAAAAUACCAUACCCUAAACAAAAUCAUCCGGAGGUCCAUAGUAAGUCUCUCGAGAUCAAACCCGAUGAGGAAGUUGCAAAGAAGGCUGAGGCAACAGAGUAA